GAGGACCAGAGCUUUGCGUCUGGAAACUGACCAUUUGGCCGCCUUUAGGCAUGUCUGGGAGUGUUUCCUGGUGAACUGCAGAGGACAGUUCAUCUCCAGUGAUUGUGUCACCAUUGAUGAGCAGCUGGUGCCCUUCCGGGGAAGAUGCAGCUUCCUGCAGUACAUGCCCAACAAGCCUGCAAAGUAUGGCAUUAAAAUAUUCUGGAUGUGUGAUGCGCGGGUGCCUUAUGCAAUAAACGGCACAGUCUACACUGGGAAACAGCCAGGAGAGAAGACACAGAAGAACCUUGGUGAGAAAGUUGUCCAACAGCUCUGCAGUGUCAUCAGACAAACAGGUCGCAAUAUCACCAUGGACAACUUCUUUACAAGCGUUCCCCUGGCUCAGAGCCUACUUGAGAAGAAUCUCACCCUUGUGGGGACACUGAGGCAGAACAAGGCAGACAUACCGCCAAUUAUGAAGCCAUCCGACUCCAGGGAGCGCUACAGUUCCACAUUUGGUUUCUGUGGGGACAUGACCAUGGUGAGUUACGUCCCCAAGAAGAAAAAAGCUGUCGUUCUUCUCAGCACCAUGCACGACGACACAGCAGUGGAUGAAAGAAUGAAAAAAAAGCCAGAGGUCAUACAGUACUACAAUAAAACCAAAGGAGGCGUGGAUCUCAUGGACCAAAUGGUCCAAACAUACACAUCAAAGCGGCGAACAAGGAGGUGGCCUAUGGUGCUCUGGCAAAAUGUGGUCGAUGUUGCUGCUCUGAAUGCAUUCACUGUUUUUACAGCACAUCACCCUGAUUAUAUGGGUGGUGUGCCAAAUGCCCGGCGCCUCUUCAUCAAGGAAUUGGCUCAAGAGCUAAUCAUGCCUCACAUGAGGAGGCGACUGGAGACCAGUCUCCAUCUGCAGAAGCAUGUCAUUCAGGCAAUGGAGAUGUGUGGCUUACAGAGGCAGUUCAUCCAGCCACAGGAGCCAAACCGUGUCUUGCAGAGUAAGAGAAAGAGGUGCAGCCUGUGUCCCUCUGCGCGAGACAAAAAAGUGUCUCACUCAUGCUCCCGAUGUGCACGGCCUGUGUGCAAAGAACACAAAUUCACUCAGGUGAUUUGUGAAAUGUGCAAGAACUGAGAAAGCUGUAACAAUGUAGGUCAAUACUGACCUUUUCCCAUGAUUAUAUGCAGUUUUACUUAGUGUAUUUACAUACCAGGUCCGUUUUAUAGUGGUUCACUGACAUUAUCAAUUUACUGUUUAGUAUCCAUAUUUUACAAUCUCAGUCACAGUCAUUUU